UUCACUUUCUCACUGUCUGUCUGGAGUAGCAGCUCUAUUCUUUAGCUCCACACAGUCGUAUCCUCCAGGACUCCAGUCCACAGUACCUCGUCUUCUCCAGGGCUCCAGUCCACAGUACCUCGUCUCCUCCAGGGCUCCAGUCCACAGUACCUCGUCUCCUCCAGGACUCCAGUCCACAGUACCUCAUCUCCUCCAGGACUCCAGUCCACAGUACCUCGUCUCCUCCAGGACUCCAGUCCACAGUACCUCGUCUCCUCCAGGACUCCAGUCCACAGUACCUCGUCUCCUCCAGGACUCCAGUCCACAGUACCUCGUCUCCUCCAGGACUCCAGUCCACAGUACCUCGUCUUCUCCAGGGCUCCAGUCCACAGUACCUCGUCUCCUCCAGGACUCCAGUCCACAGUACCUCGUCUCCUCCAGGGCUCCAGUCCACAGUACCUCGUCUUCUCCAGAACUCCAGUCCACAGUACCUCGUCUCCUCCAGGACUCGAGUCCACAGUACCUCGUCUCCUCCAGGACUCCAGUCCACAGUACCUCGUCUUCUCUAGGGCUCCAGUCCACAGUACCUCGUCUCCUCCAGGGCUCCAGUCCAAAGUACCUCGUCUCCUCCAGGACUCCAGUCCACAAUACCUCGUCUCCUCCAGGACUCCAAAAAGACAGUAUGGAGAAGAGCCAGUAUGGACCCCCGCAGGACGUGUCGGCUCCCCCCUACUCCGGCUUCCCAGCGGGCUACCAGGGAAGUGGGGGGGGAACAGCCUACCCCCCUCAGCCUGGCUUCCAGGGAGGUCCCCAACCCGGCAUGUACCCACCACCUCCCCAACCCGGCAUGUACCCACCACCUCCCCAACCCGGCCCGGGCAUGGCACAACCUACAAAUGCCCCCGGCAUAACCCAGGUGGUGAUACAGCAGCCGUUGCUAAGAGACGUACCCGGCCAGAUGAUGUGUCCCCACUGUCAGGUCCCGGUUCUGACAGAGACCACACACACCCCUGGACUGUUCACCUGGCUCAUCUUUGGAGUCCUCUGCUGCUUCAUGUGCUGGCCAUGCUCUUGGAUUCCAUUCUGUGUUGACUCCUGUAAGGAUGUAGAACACCGCUGCCCCAACUGCAAGAGAGUGAUCCACAUCCACAAACGCGAAUAGACCAAGAUGAGACGCAUGCCACAAAGUGAUCCACAUACACAAACACAUGUGACUAGACCAAGAUGAGAAACCUGCCACAAAUUGAUCCACAACUAGCCCCGGCCCACAGACACUGCUGCCACAAAGUGAUCUAUACUUUUAUGAAUCCAUUCCAAUACACCACAAGUCUACACCACUACACAACUGGUCUACAACUCUACACCACUAGGUCAAGAACACUUUUAGUACCAGAAUAAUGGUGACUCAUAUUUCCAACCAUAACACACACGCUUGUGAACAAUAGUCUGACUGUGGCUGAAAUGACUACUGGAAGACCAGCUUAACAUUGCCUAGUGUCAGAGUGUAACAAGCUAAGGCCACUUCUAGCAGACUCUUUACACUGAUUGUAAUAUACGUUUUCUUUCAUUCUGUGAAUCUUCAUGUUAGACAGAAAGUAGGAUUCUAUUUGUAUUGACGUUGGUAUUGAUUGGUUGUUGGGUUUUUUAAAGGGACAGUCCACAGUUGAAACAAUAAAAAAGCUGAACCCUG